CGGGCUAUGUAUGUGAAUUGUGACGGUCGUGUAUUUAGUGUCUUCGAAGACCGCAUUUAAUAUGAAUAUAAUUCGCGCACUAUAAUCGAUUUGUUUUUGUCAAAAAUCGCACUGAGUGACAUGCUCAAUAAUAAAUAAACUUUGUAUUUUAUAAGGAACGUCGAGAACAGCUACCAAGAUGGCAAAGGAAAUGAUGAUAGUGUUUGUGUACGACACACAGUGCUGCAUGGCUGAGGAAGAUGACCCCGCUGAAGCUGUACUUUACUUCCACCCCGGAUGGGUGUCAGACACUCAGCGUUUAGCCCUCGCUGGACAGGUCGUUGGUGCUGCGCACUGCAUCAAAUCCCUCUUCUCACAACCAUUGGCCAUCACGUUGCAGAGUGGUAAAUUUAUUAUCAGGGAAUAUGGCAGAUAUAUUUUGGCAAUAGGUAGUGAUCGAAACAUCCCCGACUGGGUGCUUAAGAACCGAGCGAGUCUCCUGACAUCUAUGAUCAAAGUAUAUCAUGGCGAUCUUCAAGCUCUAGCGGCCAGUAUGGAGGAUCAAAAGAGACUGGCUGAGAAACUCUACCAAAUCUUUGAGACAUACCUUCCAGUGCUCCAAUUCGGUUGUCAUAUAUUCCAACGAGUGCCAAUGCUGAGUCUUCCGAAGAGUGCCACGUCUAUUUAUAUGGAAUCAAUGCAAAUACUAGAACAUUGUCGACGCAGUAAAGGAGUAUUAGGAGGUGUCAUACUUUACAAUAACAAAAUAAUUUCGACACAGCUACCACCGAGUUUGACGUCAUAUUUAACUGUAGUAGACCCUUAUCGAAUAAAAUCUCCAGCUGAGAGCCUGGAAACACAGAUACCUUUGCCAUUGGGUGCUCAAUUAUUAGUUGUCUAUGUGGGAAAAAAAACUUACAAUAAUCUAAAAUCCCAAACUGAUAAAUUGCAGGAAUUCUUCCAAAAUGGAGAAGAAGUUAUAGCAAAAUAUAAAAAGGCACAAGAAGCAGAUCGUGAUAAGGCGCGCGACUAUGCUACAUCGGGUAUGAAAAGAGACAAAUCAUUACUCUUCACUGCCGUUCCCGAAGAAGACCAGUCAAUGAUAUCACCUCCAAACAAGGAAGAAAAUACUGGUGUAGAAAGAAAACCUAGUAUGCCUGACGUUGUACCUUUCACAAAUAAGCCAAGACCACGACCGAACAAAUUGUCCUUGAGUUUUAAAACGCAGAAAUCAUUAGAUGAAGAUGCGAAAGAAGACGAAAAAGUAUUUACUGGCCAGACCAGUGUCUGUUCAACACCUAUGGUCGAAUAUAAACGAUUGCACGGCAACAUGCUAUCCAUAUGUCAAAAUCCUGAUAACGAAGAUAAUUCAAAUCUCGAACCAGAUGUCCUUAAAAACGUAGAUAAUUGCACGAGCGUCGUUGGAGACGAAAAACGUGAUACUAAAGCAGUUUUGGACACGAAUUACAUAGGCGAACAUUUUAUCAAUAAACCAGAGCCCAUACGUAGACUCGCAAGUGUCACAGACCUGCAAGAGACAUUUAAGAACCUUUCCUCUAGAACGUCUUCUAAAUUUAAACUAAAAAAUUCCAAAAUAGACGAUACUUCUAGCCCGUCGCCGGAACACAAGUGUCAAAAUACAAUGACCAUUAACGAUCCGCUCUUUCCAGUAUUUAGGAAUGAUGGUGUCGCAAUAUCAGAAUCUCUUUUUAACCAAUAUCUUGAACAGUAUUAUUCAGGAAUCAAACAAAAGUCGAAAGAUGAAAAUAUGUUCAACUUCAAUUUGAAACUGUGUGAACUGGACAAAUUUAAAGAUUUCGACUCUGAACUAAUUAAAUCACCGCAGCGAACACCUAAAAAAGUUGCCAAAGAGUCAACAAAAACAUUACAAUCAGAUCAAUCAAAACGAAAGUCUCUUUCAUUGCCCUUAAAAUCCUUAUCAGAAAAUACAGAUACGCAACCUGGUUCGGAUUCCGAUGCGAUAAAUUUAAAGAAGAAAUUAUCCGGUGUUCAGUUGACGCCUCUUAUGGAAAAAUUAAGCCAUUUAGCAUUUUCGGACAAAUCCAGUGGAUACAGUAGUAGAGUUAUGACACCUUUAGAAUUAAGAGAAUUUAUUACUCCGGCUUUAGAAAAACAAGUAACAUUUUCUGGGAGAACAAAAGAACAUCGUCAAGACGACAGUGACGAAUCGGAUGCAGAAUCAGAUUGUGACAUAGAGUUGUUACCGUCAUAUAGUGAGAAUGCUGUCAAAUGCGCUCUUUUUGUAAGCGGCUUGCACAAUAUGGCGUUGCUAGCAUUGCUCGACAUGGAAGCGGCAAAUGAUGCUGAUACUAUUAAUUCUUUGUGGGAGACAUCAUUGAACGCAUUAGGUCCAAUCGAACAAAAGUGCAUGGAACCGUUGGCAACAGAAACAGACACUUCGGACUACAGCUACCUCGUACUGGACCCCGACUGGGGCACGGUAAAGAAAGGCGGACCCUGGGCCGCGCUCGAUAUCGCAACAAUGGGUUUCAUACACAACGAAUUUGAGGAACGACCGGAUUUAACCGAAUUCAUUUUACGGAGCGAAGACAGUGUGGUACUGGGCGCGUCGUGCGGCAAGGCGCAAAUAUACUACCAGGAGAAGGGCAUGCGCCAGGCGGGGCCGCCCGCGCCGUCCGACGUGCUCGCCACCGCGCCGCUGCGCGCGCGCCGCCGCCUGCACCGCGACCACUCCGCGCUGCUCUUGUAAGCACCCGUGUGUGUCGUGACCGGACCUCUUCGUGGGCUUCGUGACUUAUUACGAGAGUCGAAUCGUCUGUUGGUAUAUAUGGUAACGUGUGGAGGGUAAUAUACUAGGAAUACAAUUCGGGGUGACAAAUCUUCUUUGAUUGUAGUCGAUGAGAUAAUUCACAUUCCAUAAAAGUAAAACGAGAUCCAGUUUCUUUAUUACUAAUUUAUUUAUUUUAUAAAUGGUUUUUAUCUGCCGAUCCGUGUAACGUUAUAUAUAUGCGAAAAUUUUACGUUAUAACAUUUACACAAUACAAAAUAUUAAAGAUAGUUUGAUACAAGGUUUUACGAUAUUGAAUUGUUUAUUUCAUAAUAUAUAUUUUUCUAAAUUUGUUUUAAAAAUAAAUCUAAAUUAAUUUAAUUAGGAAAAUUUGUAUUACGAUGAAAAAUUAAUUAGAAAAAAUUUAAUUUGGUAGUAAAUAUCGAGUUUAAUGAAAUUUAGACGGUUUUGUCAGAGGAUUAUGAGAUUACUAACCAUAAGGAGUGACAGACCAGAGCUAGUUGAUUAGAUCCGUUUCAUCUUAAAAGAUACCGAUUAAAAUUUGGGCAACAUGUAAUGAUUUGCUAAUUCGGUUAACUAAAUAAUUCGAUAAAUUGGGGGAACCGGUCAGUCGGACCGAAAUAAUCCCGUAAGAUUGCUCUGUGUCCUUCUAUUUAAUAGCAGAUGUCUGCGCUAAAUGCGAUAGGCUAAUAUUGAUAGGGACAGAUCGUUUGUAUAAUAGUUUAUAAAAUUUAGUAGCCAUUUUCGAUUUCAUAGAAGAUAGACAACUUUUAAAAUUAAUUAUUCCGAUUGAUAAUCCUAAAAAAUCCAAGCCAAUUUCAAUUGUAAUAACCGAAUAGUUUUUAUAAUGUUAUAGAUUAAAGCUUUUUGUUCACGGCAGUUUUUUUACGGUAUGAUACAAAAUUAUCGUAUGACAUUCUUGUCUCGUAUUAACGACCAAAAACUACGGAGACUUACAACAUCCAACUCUAACGAUGAUUUCCUGGACCAUCGUAACAAUACUCUCACUUGUUUGUAUUGCACUUCCCUCAGCGUGCUGCGUUUCUACACGACUCAAUUUAUAAGUGUCCGAUUCCAUCAAUAAACUCAUAACCUUAUUAGGAGUGACAAUAUUUUUGUUUGACACAUAAUCCGCAUACAAGCUAAUUAUUCCCUAAUAUAACUAAUGCACCGUACCGUAAUUAAACCAUGCCGUGAAGAGAACGCAACAAGCGGCCAAAAAUUGAUAAAAUACGGUCAAAAUUAAAAAUCUAUUUAAAAUUUUCCACAACUAUUUAAAUAGAUGAUAGAGACAUACUUAUUAAUGGAUUCAGCAUUUGCCAAUUUCCUAAUUAGUCCGUAGUAAAGUUUACAGGACACAUACAUAUCUUUGAAUCCAUCUUUAAUAAAAAAAAAUAUAGAAAAUUAAAGCUAAAAUAUUGAUUUGCUGCUACUCAGUGCAGCUUUAUUGCCAAAAUUGGUAAAGCUUCCUUACAUUGCAUUGAAGAAAACAGAUCUUUCUUAAUUCUUGACUGAAUCGCGUCCGCCCAAAAUUAUUUAUUUUCUGAUGAAAUAGACAAGAAUUAUGACAACAACUAAAAAAAUUAUACAAACCCUACCAAAGCCUCAAUUGAACAAAAAAAUAUGUGUUUUAUUCUAACGUUGUUUUUUGUGUUUAAGCUAAUUUGAGAAAACUGGCAAAUUAAAUAUUAUAUCCGUAUUAGUCAUCGAGAAAACAAAUUUUAGCUAUGUUCGUAUUAUUCUUUAAAGAUCGAUUAAUUAAUGCACCUAGGCAUAUUUUUAAAACGCAAUGUAAGGUAUGCUUCUACAAUCAAUCCACCCAUUUUCAAACACAAAUAAUGUAGUAUUUUUUAAAUUAGCCUAACGGAAUUAUGAUUCUAUGCUCACAAUAAUCUCGCCACUAGGUAGUAAGUUUCCGGCCACGUAGAAUAUAUAGCGCCUAUGCUCAAUCUUGCCAUCUAGUAGCUUCGUAAUUUAGCACUCUUAGAAUAAAUCUUCGCCACUUAUAUUUUAAUCGUUCAUCGUACCUGUCACAUUUAUUAUGUUUUAAGCUUCUUGUUUAAUAUUUUUAAUCAAUUAUUAUUCUCGUUUAAAAUGUUCAGUUAGACUUCGUUAUAUAUCUUAGUUAGUUUUCUUUAACACUGUAAUGAUUAAAAUCUUAUAUUUACUGAAUCUUUACAUGUCGGUUACUAUCUUCAAGAGACGAUUCGUUUGACAUACGUGUUUCAAAUGCCUACGAGGCGAAUUAAAAAUGAUUUCGUAGUCUCAAUAUUUAUGCCUCUUGCAACUAUAUAGAAAUGAUUUGAACAGCUCGUUCUUGGGUAACUCCGAAACGAUCAGUCACAGAUUACCAGCGUACAAUAACGAUUCUUUAAAUAUAGAAAAUAGAAACCGGAAAGAAAAGUAUGUCUGAAAAAUAAAAUAAAACCUAGAAAUUAUUAAAACAGGUUCAAAAUACACAGAACAGAAAAAAACAACAAAUAUCAAUGAUGUAAAAUGAAUACUUCCUCGCGGAACAUAAUGUGUAUUUUGUUUCCGCAUAAGUAUCUAUUUUUCCGCUAAUUGCCAAUGGUCGUUAUGUGCUUUCGUCCGUAAGUGUUAAGAAAAAUGUGAUUGUAUGUUUGUCCACUUCUGAGGAGUCGUGCUAUUUUGAUUUAUCUUGGUGUCUAAACCUAUUUUAUGAUAAUUUAUCACAUCUAUAUUCGACAUCCACUUUUAUAUUUAAAAAAUAUAAACAGAACAGUGCAAACUCCGAAUCGCGUCCAAAGCCAAAAUUUUAUAUAUCUAUUUUUCAAUUAUUGCGAAUUAUAAUCUUUUAUUAUUGUUAUAACCCUAUUUAUAUUUGUAAUGAGUUAGCGUACUUCAAAUAAAGAUAAGGAGUGCCAAUGCGUCACAGAAUUGUGGUAUUUAUUUAUAAUUAUACAUAGAUAAAGAUAAGAAUUUUAAUAAAAACCCGAUAGUGAGAUUUUGUUAAUUGUACUACAAAAUGUAAUAAAUAUACCCCAAUAAAAAUAAUGCAUACAUAAA